AAGCCUUCUGGGAAGGGCUUGUGGAGCGGCGUUUCUGCGUCGGCCGUGGACAGCGAGCUGCUGCGGGUCCGGAGCCGGAGGAGUGCCUGUGAAGAAAACGUCGUUUUCCCUGAGGCCUGUGCCCUGCCUUGGUUAUCUUUUCUUGAAGUAUUCUAGUUCAGGAUGUCCGCACAAUCAGUGGAAGAAGAUUCAGUACUUAUCAUCCCAACUCCAGAGGAGGAAGAAAAAAUUCUGAGAGUGAAGUUAGAAGAGGAUCCCGAUGGUGAAGAGGGAUCGAGCAUCCCCUGGAACCAUCUUCCCGACCCAGAGGUUUUCCGCCAACGGUUCCGGCAGUUUGGGUACCAGGAUUCACCUGGUCCCCGGGAAGCUGUGAGCCAGCUCCGAGAACUCUGCCGUCUGUGGCUCAGGCCAGAGACGCACACAAAAGAACAGAUCUUGGAGCUGGUUGUGCUGGAGCAGUUUGUAGCCAUCCUACCCAAGGAGCUGCAGACGUGGGUUCGAGAGCACCAUCCCGAGAAUGGAGAGGAAGCGGUGACGGUGCUAGAGGAUUUGGAGAGUGAGCUGGAUGACCCUGGACAACCGGUUUCUCUCCGACGGCGAAAACGGGAAGUGCUAGUAGAGGAGGUAGUGUCUCAAGAAGAAGCUCAGGGAUUACCAAGUUCUGAGCUUGAUGCUGUGGAGAACCAGCUCAAGUGGGCCUCCUGGGAGCUGCAUUCCCUGAGGCACUGUGAUGAUGACGCUAGGACUGAGAAUGGAGCCCUCGCUCCAAAGCAGGAGAUCCCUUCGGCAGUCGGAUCUCAGGAGGUCCCUGGCACUCUCAACGUAGGUGUUCCUCAGCUUUUUAAAUAUGGAGAAGCCUGCUUCCCCAAGGGCAGGUUUGAAAGGAAGCGGAACCCCUCUCGAAAGAAACAGCAUAUAUGUGACGAGUGUGGAAAACACUUCAGCCAGGGCUCGGCCCUGAUUCUCCACCAAAGGAUCCACAGCGGGGAGAAGCCCUACGGGUGUGUCGAGUGCGGGAAAGCCUUCAGCCGAAGCUCCAUCCUCGUGCAGCACCAGAGAGUCCACACUGGAGAAAAGCCGUACAAAUGUCUGGAAUGCGGAAAGGCCUUUAGCCAGAAUUCUGGGCUUAUUAAUCAUCAGAGAAUCCACACCGGGGAGAAACCUUAUGAAUGUGUUCAGUGUGGGAAAUCCUAUAGUCAAAGCUCAAAUCUUUUUAGACAUCAGAGAAGACACAAUGCAGAAAAACUUCUGAAUGUUGUGAAAGUUUAAGAAAUUUGGGCAAGAAAAACAUUUAGCACUCAGGUCUUUUUCUUCAGAAAUGAAGACACCAUGAAAAACGAGUACGUGAUGGUUUUGUUUCCCUUUUGACUGGCAGGCAAAAGGAUCCACUGGGAAGUGUAGCGAAUCUUCACUCACCAUUAAUAUUUUGUCUUGAGAGAAGUAGCGGCGUAUACCUGCCAAGAUGGAGGUAUUACACUCAGUUCAGGUGUUAAUGCCUCAGUCAUCCAUGUGGUAUUUAGACUCAGUUAUUUUUCCAAAUAAUGAGCUGAUUCUUGACCCUUUCUUAAUUUCCCUUUAGACAAGUAGGUUAUUUUCGUGUUGAUCAUUAAAUCAUCUUUGCAAAGA